AUGGCGAGCCCCCGCGCCGCCCGCGAGAAGAACGCCGCGCCAGACCACGCCCGCGCCUCGCACGCGCUCCGCCACGCCGCUCGUGGCAAGACCGAACACCCCAGCCUCCGCGCCGCCCUCCAGACGCAGCUCCCCCGCGCGAAGGAGGUGCGUCGGGGCGCGCCACCCCAGCCCGCGCGCGCGUCGCGACCGACUAGCACGCCGCGCUGCCCUGCUCCAACUCCUGCCUGCGCGCCCCCACUGACCACGACGCGCCGGCCUCCGAGCACCGCCGCCAGAUCGAAGAAGAAGCCCCCCGCGGCCCCUACGCCAGGCAAGCGCGAGCAGAUCCCGCCGCCACCGGCACCGCGCGGGCUUUGCCUGGCGGCGCCCGCCGGCGGCGGCGGGGAGGGGAGGGGGAGGGGGAGGGGGAAUCGAGGGGCCGGCGGCUAG